CAGGGAGAUGGGAGACCAGGAUGAUUUCCAGCAUUAAGUUCUGGACAAGUCUGGUAUAGGUUGAAGAGUAUGCUGUACCUGAGAGAGAACAAGUUUAUCCCUUUGCAUAGCCGGAGAAACUGAGGCUCAACUAGAGCUUGCCUGAGGUUACAUAGCCAUUGAGUGGCAGGGCAAGUCUAGGAUUCAGGUUUUUUAAUUGUUGCUGUUUAAAUAGCAACCAUUUAAUUGGGACAAAUCUCCAUUGCCUGGUAAGCUGGGUUUUGGCUUGGGAAGCUCAGAAUGGGUUGGUGAAGGAGAGAGGAGACAGAGCCUCCUUUGACACCCAGGAGAGCAUCUGGACUGAUGGGAGGGCUAAGGGGUAUGAAGCAGUAGGCUACAGAUUGUUCUGACACAGCUUCUGCAUCCCUAUUGGAUGGUUUUGCUUUUUUCACGAACUGUGCUGGAGGGAUAGCAAAGUUGUAUAGUUACAGCCUUCACUUACCUUGAGAGGCCUGGGUGUGUACCUGUGAGCACCUGAGAGUAGGGCCCAGGUGUGGUUCCUGAGUGUGUCUUAAGAUAAGGCUGUCCCGAGUUGAGUGUUCCUGAGAGGACUCAUAAUUGGUAUUAUGUUUAAAUACUUGAGUGUGAGGCCCAGUGCCUCACUUGUAUAUGUCAGAGGCCCAGGAGCAUUAUCUGAGGGUGCCUGAGCAGGUCUACCAGUGUCGUGUGUGCACAUUUCAGUGUGAGAGAAGUCUAGGUAUGUUACCAGUGUGUGCCCGAGUCUGAAACCCAAGGUAAAGGUGUCUGAGAGACCCUCAUCUGUCUGCAUCUAUGUGCACCCAUGAGCCUCAGAUGAGAGAAAUAUGUACUGCAGUGGUGGGUUACAAUAAUCUUACAAGAAGGGAACUAGUCUGUUACCAUUAUGCUGGAGUUUAAGAUAUAUUUUACCUGAGUGGGGCCAUGUCCUUAUGGGAUCCUUCUCCCUGUCUCCCUGCGUUUGAGAUCUGUUGGACAGCCCUACCUGAUUCACCAGAUGUUACUUGUGUCUACCUGUGAAUGAUAUUCAGGGCCCACCGCUCACCACUACACUGGGGCCCAGAGGUCAUGGCCUGCCUUCAUGAGACCCGCACACCCUCCCCUUCCUUUGGGGGCUUCGUGUCUACCCUAAGUGAGGCGUCCAUGCGCAAGCUGGACCCAGAAACUUCUGACUGCACUCCUGAGAAGGACCUGACACCUACCCAGUGUGUACUUCGAGAUGUAGUACCCCUCGGUGGGCAGGGCGGGGGUGGGCCCAGCCCCUCCCCAGGUGGAGAGCCACCCCCUGAGCCUUUUGCCAACAGUGUCCUGCAGCUACAUGAGCAGGACACAGGGGUCCCAGGGGGAGCCCCUGGGUCACCUGAAAGUCGGGCGUCCAGAGUUCGAGCUGAUGAGGUGCGGCUGCAGUGUCAGAGUGGCACUGGCUUCCUUGAAGGCCUCUUUGGCUGCCUGCGCCCUGUCUGGACCAUGAUUGGCAAAGCCUACUCCACUGAGCACAAGCAGCAGCAGGAAGACCCUUGGGAGAUCCCAUUUGAGGAAAUCCUGGACCUGCAGUGGGUGGGCUCAGGGGCCCAGGGUGCUGUCUUCCUGGGGCGCUUCCAUGGGGAAGAGGUGGCUGUGAAGAAGGUGCGAGACCUCAAGGAGACCGACAUCAAGCACCUAAGAAAGCUGAAGCACCCCAACAUCAUCACCUUCAAGGGCGUGUGCACUCAGGCUCCCUGCUACUGCAUCCUCAUGGAGUUCUGUGCCCAGGGCCAGCUGUAUGAGGUUCUUCGGGCUGGCCGCCCUGUCACCCCCUCCUUGCUGGUUGACUGGUCCAUGGGCAUUGCCGGUGGCAUGAACUACCUGCACCUGCACAAGAUUAUCCACAGAGACCUCAAGUCCCCCAACAUGCUAAUCACAUACGACGAUGUGGUGAAGAUCUCAGAUUUUGGCACUUCCAAGGAGCUGAGUGACAAGAGCACCAAGAUGUCCUUUGCAGGGACAGUAGCCUGGAUGGCCCCUGAGGUGAUCCGCAAUGAGCCUGUGUCUGAGAAGGUCGACAUCUGGUCCUUUGGUGUGGUGCUGUGGGAACUGCUGACUGGUGAGAUCCCCUACAAAGAUGUAGAUUCCUCAGCCAUCAUCUGGGGUGUGGGAAGCAACAGUCUCCAUCUGCCUGUGCCGUCCAGCUGCCCAGAUGGCUUCAAAAUCUUACUUCGCCAGUGCUGGAAUAGUAAACCACGAAAUCGUCCGUCAUUCCGACAGAUCCUGCUGCAUCUGGACAUUGCCUCAGCUGAUGUACUCUCCACACCCCAGGAGACUUACUUUAAGUCACAGGCAGAGUGGCGGGAAGAAGUAAAGCUGCAUUUUGAAAAGAUUAAGUCAGAAGGGACUUGUCUGCACCGCCUAGAAGAGGAGCUGGUGAUGCGGAGGCGGGAGGAGCUCAGACAUGCCUUGGACAUUAGGGAGCACUAUGAACGAAAGCUGGAGAGAGCCAACAACUUGUACAUGGAACUUAAUGCCCUCAUGUUGCAGCUGGAACUCAAGGAGCGAGAGCUGCUCAGGCGGGAGCAGGCUUUAGAGCGGAGAUGCCCAGGUCUGCUGAAGUCACACCCUUCCCGGGGACUCUUGCAUGGGAACACAAUGGAGAAGCUUAUCAAGAAGAGGAACGUGCCACAGAAGCUGUCACCCCAUAGCAAAAGGCCAGAUAUCCUCAAGACAGAAUCUUUGCUACCUAAACUAGAUGCAGCCCUAAGUGGGGUGGGGCUUCCUGGGUGUCCUAAGGGCCCCCCCUCACCAGGACGGAGUCGCCGUGGCAAGCCCCGUCACCGCAAGGCCAGCGCCAAGGGCAGCUGUGGGGACCUGCCUGGGCUCCGUGCAGCUGUGCCACCCCAUGAACCUGGAGGACCAGGAAGCCCAGGGGGCCUAGGAGGGGGACCCUCUGCCUGGGAAGCUUGUCCCCCUGCCCUCCGUGGGCUCCAUCAUGAUCUUCUGCUCCGCAAGAUGUCUUCAUCAUCCCCAGACCUACUGUCAGCAGCACUGGGCUCCCGGGGCCGGGGGGCAACAGGGGGAACUGGGGAUCCUGGCUCACCACCGCCAGCCCGGGGUGACACACCCCCAAGUGAGGGCUCAGCCCCUGGCUCCACCAGCCCGGAUUCACCUGGGGGAGCCAAAGGAGAGCCACCUCCACCUGUGGGGCCUGGUGAAAGUGUUGGGCUGCUGGGAACUGGAAGGGAAGGGACAGCAGGCCGGGGAGGAAGCCGGGCUGGGUCCCAGCACUUGACCCCAGCUGCACUGCUGUACAGGGCUGCUGUCACCCGAAGUCAGAAACGUGGCAUAUCCUCAGAAGAGGAGGAAGGAGAGGUAGACAGCGAAGUUGAACUGACAUCAAGCCAGCGGUGGCCUCAGAGCCUGAACAUGCGCCAGUCACUAUCUACCUUCAGCUCAGAGAAUCCAUCAGAUGGAGAGGAAGGUACAGCUAGUGAGCCUUCCCCCAGUGGCACACCUGAAGUUGGCAGAACCAACACUGAUGAGCGGCCAGAUGAGCGGUCUGAUGACAUGUGCUCCCAGGGAUCAGAAAUCCCACUGGACCCCCCUGCUUCAGAGGGGGUCCCUGGCCCUGAACCCAGCUCCCUGCCCAUUCCACACCAGGACCUACUCAGAGGGGAACAGGGCCAUCCCAAUUCUGAGGACUCAGACUGUGACAGCACUGAACUGGACCACUCCAACAGCAUUGAUGCCUUGCGGCCUCCAGCCUCCCUCCCUCCAUGAGAGCCACUUUUAUUUCCUGUACAUAGAGAAAUAUUUAUAUAAAUAAUAUAUAUGCGCCACAUAAUCAACAGAGAAAGAUGGAGCUGCCCCAGCCUUAAGUCAAGUUUGAGGGAGCCUGAUACCCUAACCAAUUCACUUGAUAAACUCUAGGGACACUAGCAGCUGUGGAAAUGAAUGACAAGCACCGCCCUAGAGCUGCGUGCAGAUGGGGAAACUAGCCCUUUCCUGCUUCAUUACAUUCUUUAUGUUCAGCAAGCAGUUAGGCAACAGAAAGCCAGGCUUGUAUCUAUACUCUCUACCCCCAAAUACUGGUGGGCAGAGGACGGAACCACUUAGACUGCACUUUUUUGUUUCCCGUUUACUCUGUUUACACAUGUUGCACUUGGGAGGAAGGAGAGUAAGGCUGGACCCUCCCCUCUGAGAUUUCUCAGGUGGCAAUGUAACUCAUUUCUUUUGUCCUUUCAUUUGUCUGCCCAAGCCCUGGCUUAGGGCCGAGGGGGAGGUUAGAAGACUGAUAGCAUGUGAUGGCCCAGGCUGAAGAACUGGGUGCUGUUUAAGUCCCUGCUUUUAUCCUGGUGCCUGAUUGGGGUAGGGACUGUCAUAUUGUAACUCCUAUGAAAAACCUUGAAAUAUAACCACUCCACGCAGGCCCUACUGUUGCGGGUUUUCUUGACGAAUGAAUGGGGUAGCAAACAUGGUUUAAGUCUCAAGCUCCAGACUUUAUCUGACUCUGGACAAAUUUACUUACCCCCUUUAUACCUCUUCUGUAAGUGAACAUAUCUAGCUCCAGCUUUCUAAAAUCAUUGGCAUAAAUGGUAACAGGUACAUCUUUCUAAAUGAUUUUAGUUUAAGUAUAUCUUAAACACCCACUUUUGUUAUAGAGCAAAGAUUAUAAAUGAACAGUUAUUAAAAAGAGACUGAAGUUUAAAAUA